AUGGCCUCAAAUUUCACUGAUUCUCAACUGAAAUGGAUGUUUCUCAUCGAUGAUUUGAACAUGGAUUCAAAUCUUAUUGUGUGUUCGCCGCCCUCUUUUCUAAUGGUUGCUGCAAAGAGGAUCAUAAGCUUCUUCAGCUCUGUAGCUAUACAGACACCCCACACACCGUGGACACCCCUUACCCUGCUGAAGCCGCCUACCCUGCCCACGCCGCCUACUCCGCCGACGCCGCCAACUCCGCCUACGCCGCCAACUCCGCCAACUCCGCCUACGCCGCCAACUCCGCCUACUCCGCCAACUCCGCCUACUCCGCCAACUCCGCCUACUCCGCCUACGCCGCCAACUCCGCCUACUCCUCCUACACCGCCAACGACGCCUACGCCCCACGCACCCCACGCGCCCCACGCGCCUCACGCACCCCACGCCCCCCACGCACCCCACGCACCCCAUGCACCCCAUACUCCGUGGAGACCCCGUACCCUGCCUAAGCCACCUACCCUGCCGACGCCGCCUACUCCGCCUACGCCUCCUACGCCCCCUACGCCGCCAACUCCCCCUACGCCGCCUACACCCCCUACGCCGCCUACACCCCCUACGCCGCCUACUCCCCCUACGCCGCCUACUCCCCCUACGCCGCCUACUCCCCCUACGCCGCCUACUCCCCCUACGCCGCCUACUAAUGUAAUGGUCCUAUACUUACUCUACUUAUUCUCUGUAGCUAUACAGACACCCCACACACCGUGGACACCCCUUACCCUGCUGAAGCCGCCUACCCUGCCCACGCCGCCUACUCCGCCGACGCCGCCAACUCCGCCUACGCCGCCAACUCCGCCAACUCCGCCUACGCCGCCAACUCCGCCUACUCCGCCAACUCCGCCAACUCCGCCUACUCCGCCUACGCCGCCAACUCCGCCUACUCCUCCUACACCGCCAACGACGCCUACGCCCCACGCACCCCACGCACCCCACGCGCCCCACGCGCCUCACGCACCCCACGCACCCCUCGCACCCCCCGCACCCCACGCCCCCCACGCACCCCACGCCCCCCACGCACCCCACGCACCCCACGCACCCCACGCACCCCAUGCACCCCAUACUCCGUGGAGACCCCGUACCCUGCCUAAGCCACCUACCCUGCCGACGCCGCCUACUCCGCCUACGCCUCCUACGCCCCCUACGCCGCCAACUCCCCCUACGCCGCCUACACCCCCUACGCCGCCUACACCCCCUACGCCGCCUACUCCCCCUACGCCGCCUACUCCCCCUACGCCGCCUACUCCCCCUACGCCGCCUACUAAUCUCUGUAGCUAUACAGACACCCCACACACCGUGGACACCCCUUACCCUGCUGAAGCCGCCUACCCUGCCCACGCCGCCUACUCCGCCGACGCCGCCAACUCCGCCUACGCCGCCAACUCCGCCAACUCCGCCUACGCCGCCAACUCCGCCUACUCCGCCAACUCCGCCAACUCCGCCUACUCCGCCUACGCCGCCAACUCCGCCUACUCCUCCUACACCGCCAACGACGCCUACGCCCCACGCACCCCACGCACCCCACGCGCCCCACGCGCCUCACGCACCCCACGCACCCCUCGCACCCCACGCACCCCACGCCCCCCACGCACCCCACGCCCCCCACGCACCCCACGCACCCCACGCACCCCACGCACCCCAUGCACCCCAUACUCCGUGGAGACCCCGUACCCUGCCUAA